GCUCAGUGCUCAGUGCGCGCUGGGCCGGCGCCAUGGUGCCGGGGCCUGAGGGCAGCGGCUCCGCCGGCUGCUUCCCCUCCCCGCCUCCUGCUUCUAGCUAACGGGCGCCUGAGAGCCGGGACCCGCGCUGCGUGCGCAGGGCCGAGCCGCAUAUUGCCUUCAGGAAAUGGCCUCUUCUAAAUCUUUGCUGAAUCUUCUAACCUUCACAUUUGGAUCAACAAUAGGAUUUUUCACAUGUUACAUGCUAUUUAGCAUAGUGUUGGAAAAACAGGUUGAGAUCCAACCUAAUAUUCUUCACAAUGAUCCCCAUGGUGAACACUCAGAAGAAACUGGAAGUGAUCAGCUGGAAGGACAAAUGAACUUCAAUGCUGAUGCUGGGCAGCAUCAAGAUGAGAACAAAAAUAUUGCAGAAGGACUGUAUCAGAAGGUGAAAAUACUUUGUUGGGUAAUGACUGGGCCUCAGAAUCUAGAGAAAAAAGCCAAGCAUGUUAAGGCAACUUGGGCCCAGCGUUGCAAUAAAAUACUAUUUAUGAGCUCUGAGGAGAAUAAAGACUUUCCAGCUGUGGGACUAGAAACCAAAGAAGGCAGGGACCAACUGUACUGGAAAACUAUUAAAGCCUUCCAGUAUGUACAUGACCAUUAUAUUGACGAUGCUGAUUGGUUUAUGAAAGCAGAUGAUGACACAUAUGUUAUACUGGACAACUUGAGAUGGCUUCUUUCAAAAUACAAUCCCGAACAACCAAUAUACUUUGGAAGAAGGUUUAAGCCUUAUGUGAAACAGGGCUACAUGAGUGGAGGAGCAGGAUAUGUACUGAGCAAAGAAGCUCUAAGGAGAUUUGUUAAUGCAUUUAAAACCAACAAAUGUUCUCAUAGCUCUUCUAUUGAAGACCUAGCACUCGGAAAAUGCAUGGAGAAUAUUAAUGUAGAAGCUGGAGAUUCAAGGGACACAAGUGGUAAAGAAACUUUUCAUCCCUUUGUGCCAGAACAUCACUUAAUCAGAGGAUAUCUACCUAGAACAUUUUGGUACUGGAAUUAUAAUUAUUAUCCUCCGAUAGAGGGUCCUGGAUGCUGCUCUGAUCUGGCAAUUUCAUUCCACUAUGUUGAUUCCACAACUAUGUACCAGUUGGAAUAUUUGAUUUAUCAUCUCCGACCAUAUGGUUACCUAUACAGGUACAAUCCUGACUCUCUCAAGAAUCUAGAAAAGCAAAUCAAAAGCAAAGCAAUGGAUAAUGAUGCAGAAAGCUCCUGAAACGGAAUCAGACUUCUACUCAAUAAUAAGAUGUGGAACAAUGCACUGAAAGAAGUAUCAUGGAGUGAAAAGCAACUACAUCUAGCUCAGACAGGACUCUGGAAUUGCUAGUAGUGAUUCAUUUGAAUUUUAAAAGUUCUGUGUUGAGGGUCUUCCUCUGUGACUGCAAACUACAGGUUUCAUUGUGCAGUUCUUAUUCGUGGGGAUAGUGGGACUUUUCACAUGUUAGGACUGCAGAAUCAGGCCCUAAAGCUUUUAUGUGAUCUGUGAAAUCUGUUGAGGUGGCUUUGUUACAAUUUCUUCAUGUUUAUAUUAUUGUAUUAAAACAAAUGGAUGGUGGUGAGGUUCAAGCACGAUUAUACAGUAUUUUCUAGUCAUUAUUUUUCUUUUUGCCCCAGUUCCCAUUAUUUUGGAUAAGUACUAAUGUUAGAAAUCCUGGGCUACAUAGGUUCAGCACUUUGAGAUGGUGAUGAUACUGGAGAAAUUUGACAUGAAGUAACUUGGCUGAAAAGAGAGAGAAAAAAGUCUUCAAAACCACUCCUGCCUUAAAAACAGACUUUAAAAUAUUUGAUGUAAUUAGUAAUAUUCUGCCUAUUUAAUGUCGAAAUCUGAAUUACUUCCCAAAUGAAAUGAACUUGUUACUCUUGGCCUCAUCAUAAACGUCCCCCAAGAUACUACUAUCUGUUCCACAAAACCACCACCCAGUUGGCUUGUGCUAAUUGGCGAAAAGCCCAGGAAUAGCAAGGCUAUAAAUCUUGGAGUAUGUUGAAGAUGUGUGGAAACUUGCAUACCUGCCCACUCUAUGCCUCUUGGUGUGUACUCCUGGCUUGAAUGGGCACAAAAUUCAUCCAAAAGCUUUUUAAUGUACACAUGAUAGAAAUAAACCCCUUAUAAGUGCAAUUUCCUCCCCUUGUAUUCAUUCUGUAAGCCAAAAAAUGUUUGUGUGAUAACACUACAGUCAUACAAUAAAUACUUGUUGUAGACAGCCAGGCGUUUAUGAUCUAGCGUACAGUAAUUUCCAGAUUCGCCCAGUGCUACUAUUAGUUUAUUUCUAUUUAAUUUACACAUUGCUUUACUGGGGAGGAGGAGGGUUCUUUGCUUAUGGAAGUGAGCUGGCACCCAAAAAAGUACUAUUUUAAAUCACAGUGUAGGUUCUCUACUGUGUUCUCUACUAUGAUUUUUUUGAAUGUUCCCUACAAAUUCAAUUUUAUUUGGCUGCAAUAUGUAGUUCCACCUCUCUCUGAGGGUUUUGUCUGGUUUAUAGUGUGGCUUUUUUCUCUGCCUUCAGUUUAAGAUUUUCAUGUGUCAUUUUAAAUGCUCUUUAUUAUCUGUCUUGUGAAUGUGUUGCACAGUUAUUCAGGUAAGCCAACCUGAAUGCAAGGACCCUUUCAAAAAGUGCAUUUAUUUCAUCCACUAUGUGGCUAUGGGGAGUAGCUCUAUGCCUAAUUAGCUAAAAGGAUCCACUUGUUAUCUGUGAGACUGACACAGAUUAUCAAUAUAUUAAAAUGCAAUCAGAGGUUACACCAACUAUAGAUUUUUGCUCUUGUGAUCAAUAUAGUAUAUACAUCAUUAACCCAAUUUUAUGUUCUGCCUAGCUUGACGCAUUGGCUGUCUUUGGUCCUCAGUUUCACAAAAGCCUCUUUAUCACUUCUUUGCUGGUUUUCAUCUUCAUCAUAUUUGGUGAGUGUGGCCAAAACCUUACUUCCCUUAGCCAGUGUUUUGAUGAGGUCAUAUUACUGGUUGUGAAUGGCUUUACUAAAAUGGUUACCACUGUUCUCCUGAGGAUGUUGCUAGGAGGUUUUGGGAGACUCUGGAGUAGUUUAUCUGACUUUGAGAGACACUAAACGUUAUUUGCCAACAAACAUCAUGACUGACUUAUCUAUUUUCUUCUGUUCUGUUUUGUGACAUGAUGCCAAUAACCACAGGAUCUCAUGAAUGUGAAGUAAACAUAGCCACGUUUGCUGCUCCUCAGUGUCUGAACAUGGGAUGUAUUUAUGUUCCCUAGUACCACUGAUGUUACCAUAUAGUGAUUGUUUAAUUAUUUCAUAUUUAAAUCUAAAUAUUUUGAGUAUUUUUCACUAGCAGGAUUGCCUCACACAUAGGCUGGAAGGGGUAGGAGCUUUCAUGUGUGCUGUGAAUUGACCUUUAGAACUCUUUAAAGUUUGAACCUGUUGGAUGAUUGAAAAGCUGUGCUUUUUAUGAGAGACUAUGCUGAUGCUGGUCCAGAGGAGAAUAUUUAUCAUUUGUGUUUCAGCUGAACUGUAGAAGGUGAUUAAGCUUAGCAAGGUAUUCCCAUGUGAGAGUCACUCAUUAGACUAACAUUAGGUCAGAUAUGAGAUACAGUCAAUAGGAUUGCUAAAUCAAUAUGCUAUAAAAGCACUGACCGCUAUAGUGAUUAAUAUAUUGUUCAGAUUCUUGGCUAAACGAUUUUCUUAACAGCUGAUGGUGCAUUUAAUCUACAUUUAACAAGUUGAUGGUUUUGAUUUUAAAUUCUGUAUACUCGGCCAAUGUAAAAGACCUACUGAAUUGUAAAUCUAUAGUUCCUCA